CAUGCUUGGGAUUUAAGAUUGUUUUCUCAUUAACAUGGCUGGAGGAGGAAGAGCUCAAGGACUUAGCAGGUCAUGUAUUCUUCUUAUAGUGAUUGCCGGCAUGGAGAGGUUUGCUUUCAAGGGGGUGGCAUCCAAUUUGGUUACAUAUCUAACAGAUGUUGUGAAGAUGAGCAAUUCUUCUGCAGCCAAGACAGUUAACAGUUGGUGUGGAUUCACUUCAAUGUUGCCACUGCUGGUGGCACCCCUCGCUGACUCAUUUUGGGAUAGGUAUUCAACCAUUUUGACCUCAUCUUUCCUCUACGUUUUGGGCCUUGGAGCAGUAGCAUCAACAGCUUUGCUAUGGACAUGGACUCCUCCAAGCAACACAAGCUCCUCUGCAUUCCUGUUUUGGUCCCUCUGUUUGAUUUCAUUAGGCCAAGGUGCAUAUAACCCAUCUUUGCAAGCCUUUGGAGCUGACCAACUGGACCAUGAUGAGGAAUUGCCUUGUAGCAAAGAUGACAAAAGCUCUAAGAAAAAGAGUUUAUUUUUCCAAUGGUGGUAUUUUGGUGUUUGUAGUGGCAGCCUCCUAGGUGUCAUACUUAUGUCCUACAUCCAAGAUACCUUUGGUUGGGUUCUAGGAUUUGCCAUCCCCAUGUUUGCAAUGGUUAUGUCAAUUGCAUUUUUCGUAUGUGGUAACCAGAUUUAUGCACAUAAACCAGAUAGAACCAUCGAUAGUAAGCCCUUUCCGAACAUACUAGAAGUCAUCAAAGUGACAGCAUCAAAAUUAAUCAAUGGAAGAAUCACCUUGCCAAAUGAUAAGUCCGAUGUGGUUGAGCUGGAGCUUCAAGAGAAACCUCUUUGUGAUCGCAAGCUGAGCAGCAAUGAGGGCUCGCAUGGGAAUCUGAAAAAUGAUACUUACCUGCUUGAAAAUGCAAAAAUAGUAAUCAGGCUUUUGCCAAUGUGGGCAAUGCUUCUAAUGUUUGCAGUAAUUUUCCAACAGCCUGCUACAUUUUUUACUAAACAAGGCAUGACAAUGAAGAGGAACAUUGGCAGGAACUUCAAGAUCCCACCAGCAACACUGCAAAGCGCUAUUACAUUGUCUAUAAUCCUCUUGAUGCCUUUCUAUGAUAAAGUUUUGAUCCCAAUCACCCAGAUGGUUACUCGUAAUAAAAAAGGUAUUACCGUAAUGCAGAGGAUGGGAGUUGGUAUGUUUCUUUCCAUCAUUGCUAUGAUCAUAGCUGCAGUUGUUGAAAUGAAGAGGCUUGAGAUCAGCAGGAACAUAGGUGCCCUAGAAUCCGAAACAGUGCCACUAAGCAUCUUUUGGUUGCUUCCUCAGUAUGUUCUUCUAGGCAUUUCAGACAUUUUCACUGUUGUUGGGAUGCAAGAGUUCUUCUACAAUGAAGUUCCUGUCAGGAUGAGAGCAAUGGGGUUCGCGCUAUAUACUAGUGUUUUCGGGGUGGGAAGUUUCACGAGUGCCUUGAUGAUUUCAGUUAUUGAAGCCUUGACAAGUUCAGGAGGAAGACAAAGCUGGUUCUCUGAUGACAUGAGGGAAGAUGGACUUGACAAAUACUACUGGCUUUUAGCCAUGGCAAGUGCAUUGAGCUUACUGUUGUAUACAAUUCUGUGCAAAUGCUAUAAAAGUAGGAGUGAAUUGGAGAAUGGCAACUGUAAAUAAGCUCUUUCGAUUUUGAUCAGUUUGAUACAGUUUUCUUGCAAUAAU